AGAGGUUCCUUUCAUAGAAUUCAAAGUCACUUAGUUCCAAGCUUAGCUGUAGCUGAUAAUUAUUACAUUUUUACUACUGAUCUAGAGACAGGCAUGUAUGCCCAGAAGUCUGCUGAACAGGGGCCACACAGAGGAAGUUCUUUUGACUCCGUAAACUCUGAGGCGAAGCCGCUCAACAAUGAGGUUACAUUCAGUAAAAUUGAUGGGAACCAGGACAACAGAAGCAUCUCCACUGGAAAGACCACCAGCGCUGAGAAAUGUGUUGCAACUAUCAUAUUCUCGCUGAGAAAUGAAGUUGGUGGUCUUGUCAAAGUACUUAAGCUUUUCCAGGAGAAACACGUCAACCUCAUUCACAUUGAGUCUCGCAAGUCCAAACGAAGGGAUUCAGAUUUUGAGAUUUUUGUUGAUUGUGACACCGACAACGAACAGCUCAAAGAGCUGACUCAGCAGCUGAGGAAGCAUGCUGAUAUCAUUGAGAUUUCUCCAUCUGAAACCUCCGCCCAUCCUGAUGAUGAUUUGCCUGGUGUACCCUGGUUCCCUAAGAAGAUCUCUGACUUGGAUUUGUGUGGGAAGAGAGUUCUGAUGUACGGCUCUGACUUAGAUGCAGAUCAUCCGGGAUUUAAAGACAACGUAUAUCGCAAAAGAAGAAAAUAUUUUGCUGACUUAGCUAUGAGCUACAAACACGGUGAUCCAAUUCCUCGCAUAGCUUUCACAGCAGAGGAGGUCCGUACGUGGGGCAUGGUGUUCAGGGAGCUCAACAAACUUUACCCCAGCCAUGCCUGCAAAGAGUAUCUGAAGAACCUCCCACUGCUGAGCAAACACUGCAACUACAGCGAAGACAACAUCCCGCAGUUAGACGACGUCUCACACUUCCUCAAAGAGCGCACAGGUUUCAGCAUUCGGCCAGUAGCAGGGUACCUCUCCCCCAGAGACUUUCUAGCAGGCCUGGCCUUCAGAGUAUUCCACUGCACUCAGUACGUCCGUCACAGCUCCAACCCUUUGUAUACACCUGAGCCAGACACGUGCCAUGAGCUUCUGGGUCACGUCCCCCUCUUUGCUGAGCCCAGCUUCGCCGAGUUCUCUCAAGAGAUUGGUUUAGCAUCACUGGGUGCUUCAGAUGAAGCUGUACAGAAACUGGCUACAUGCUACUUCUUCACAGUGGAGUUUGGUCUGUGUAAGCAGGACGGUAGGCUAAGGGCCUAUGGUGCCGGACUCCUCUCCUCUAUCGGUGAACUCAAGCAUGCUUUGUCUGGCAAGGCCUGCAUCCUUCCGUUUGACCCGAUGGUGACCUCUAAUCAGAAGUGCAUGAUAACUACAUUCCAAGACGCUUACUUUGUAUCUGACAGUUUUGAGGAAGCCAAAAACAAAAUGAGGGAGUUUGCCAAGACCAUUCAGCGUCCAUUCACAGUGCGCUACAACCCUUACACCCAGAGUGUGGACGUCCUGAAGGACACCAACAGCAUCAAUAGCAUGGUGAAAGACAUCCGGCACGAGCUGGACAUUGUAGAAGACGCCCUGAACCGACUCAACGCCUGAAGGGGGUGGUGGGGGUUGUCACGAGGGUCAGAAGAAGCUAGCUGGAGUUGGCAAAGUUUGGAUGGCCUGGGUAUGAAUAGGCAGGAAUGCUUAAGGUUGGAUAGGGAUUGGGGUGGGUGUGGAUUGGUGAGAAUGCUGACCCAAAUGAAGAUGGUGGUUAGGCUAAGCUGUUGAGUUAUACUGAUACAGCACUCAGUCAGUCUGUCAGUGUUAUGUACAGCUGCAGAGUGCAGUUAGUCUCAAGUUAGGGUUGAUGUAGCAAGAAAGUUUGGGCGUGCUUUAGCUGGCGCUGUGCUAAAGGCUUACUGAAGUCAGCAAUCAUGUAAUUACAUAAAUAUGACUGAGAAAAUCAGAUUUUCUGAAAGCUCCAAGAUAUCUGACUUGGAGAUUGAUACAGUAUCUGAAAAUCAAAUCAACCCCAGGAGGUUUAAUGGAUACAGUGUCAUGUCAAAUGUCAAAACACAAAUUACUGUAUCUUUAACCCUCACACGACCAGCUUUCACAACAGUCUUGAAAAACCAGGAAGGCUUACAAAUCAAAAACAUGGGAAUCUUUCUCAGUCAUACCAUCCACCCUAUUUGACAUGAAUGCACACAACUUUGAUGAGGUAGCUCCUACUUGCAGGUCAUGCAGUGGCUACCUUUAGUUGUGGCUACAUUACAUUUACAGUGAAAUUAGCAAGAAAAAAAGAAAAGCUCUAUUGGUGCUGCCUCUGAGAGAAUGGUUAUAUAAAUAUUAAUUAAAGAGACACAGCUAAUGUGCAUCCUCAGUUUUGGAGUCUCAGCUUCUUGCUGUCUUUCAGCAGUCAGUUUGGAUUGAUCAUCGAACACUUAUGUGUCAGAGUUGACCAAAAGCAGAACAUAAACUCUGCAAGCAAAUAGACUAAUAGCCACAAUUCCAGUAAAAUGUAAUUAUAUAUACAUAUAUAAAUACAUAUAUACAUUAUCUGUAACCGCUUAUCUUCACUAGGGUCAAGCAUUCACAUAGCUUUGAGGUCUUAUCAGGCAAAGUAAGUGAACACUCCUGUGUAACUGCACCGUGGCUUUGUUCCUUAAAGUUCAAAUGAGACUAGUUCAUGUUGAUGGCCCUACCACAAGCACCAAAAGCUUAGAACUCUGUAUACUGUAGGCUGUAAAUAACAAUAAAUUCAAGUAGUGUGGGAGUUCAUAACCCUGUGACUGAUCCCUCCUGUCAUAUAUGACUAAAUUGUAUGUAAUGUGGAGUGAUAAUGUCUUGCCUAGAUUUGUGAAUCACUAUGGUUUUAAUGGAUCUCAUGGAUCCUGGUAUUUAAAAAUGUUCUGCUGACUGCUGCUGCUUCGUUUUUGCCUUUCCUCUGUGGGUGGAACACCGUUCAGACAGUAAUGGAUUACAAUACCUGUUAACUGAAUAUAGAGCAGGCUUUAUUUACUGGA